CCCAGGAGCGAGGCUGGGGCGGGAGGGGGAGCGGGCAGGUUCCUUCUGCCUUCCGCGAGCAGCUGUCUCGCCCGGAUAGGCUCGCGGAGCGAAUGGGGCGGCUGCGCUGAGGAGGGGUCGGCGGCUGCGUGGGUGGAUGGGAGUGGGGGGAAAAGGCGGGCUGGGCUGAGGGGUAAACCCAGCCAGAGAGAGAGAGAGAGACCCCGCUCCAGCUCGCAGGCGAUGCUCCUCACUUGCUGCCUUGGCCGUCUCCUCCUCCCCCCGUCUUGGAAGCUUUUGUUCUUCUCUCCACUUUGGGGCAGAGGCGAAGUGCUGCAGCCGCAGCCGCCGCCGCCGCCGCCGCCGCCGAAGCCUCGGCUUCCCAGGUCUCUUGUCCGCCAGGAAAGUUCCCGGAGGCAGCAGCCCUCGACUCGCGCCUCCGCCUGCCCAGGACCGGGGCUUGUUAUUGUUGUUUGGAGACCAAAGCACUGCCAUGAAGGGUGAAGCUUUACUUUCCCCCUGCUGGAUCUCUAACUACGAUUUGGGGCAUGGCCAUGGAUCAUGACACCACCUUAUAUGCUAAAAUGCCUUGAAGCCUCUUUAUCUCUCCCUUGCAUUCUGCUCUGUAGGAAGUGAUGUUUUUUUCUGCAAUGCUGACGCCUGCUCAUUCUGGGACAUUCAAUGCAACUUUUAUUGUCUAUGAAAAUAUGUACGCAAAUAUCACCACCCCCUCCUUCUUGGUUCGUAGUGGCACAACGCAGCCACUGAAAUAUCAUUUGGGUGCCAUGGUUAUCACUGAGGUAACUACUCUGACAACCAACACUACAACUGCCCACCCAUUGCAACCGGGCUCCAAGAGCUUAAGCCUGCCGCUCCAGGUAAUUCUUUCUGCUGCCAUGAUAUUUAUACUCCUCGUUUCUUUCCUUGGCAACCUUGUUGUCUGCCUAAUGGUCUAUCAGAAGACUGCAAUGCGAUCGGCUAUUAACAUUCUCCUAGCGAGCCUGGCUUUUGCAGACAUGUUGCUUGCCGUGCUGAACAUGCCUUUUGCUCUGAUAACUGUCAUCACAACCCGGUGGGUUUUUGGGAAUAUCUUCUGCAGAGUCUCGGCCAUGUUUUUCUGGCUAUUUGUCAUCGAAGGGGUGGCCAUUCUGCUUAUCAUUAGCAUUGACAGGUUCCUUAUAAUAGUUCAGAGGCAGGAUAAGCUGAAUCCAUACCGGGCAAAGUUCCUCAUUGCUGUCUCAUGGGCUGCAGCCUUCGUAGUUGCUUUCCCGCUUUCUUUGGGAAACCCCAACCUGCUACCUUCCAGAGCACCUCAGUGUGUGUUUGGCUACACAACAAGCCCUGGCUACCGUGCCUAUGUGAUACUGGUGGUACUGAUUUCAUUUUUCAUCCCGUUCUUGGUAAUGUUGUAUUCUUUUAUGGGCAUCCUCAACACUGUACGGCACAACGCAGUUCGCAUCCACAGCCACCCAGAUAGCAUAUGCCUCAGCCAAGCUAGCAAACUUGGUCUCAUGAGCCUUCAGAGACCCUUUCAGAUGAACAUUGAUAUGAGCUUUAAAACUCGUGCCUUCACCACCAUAUUGAUUUUGUUCAUUGUCUUCAUAAUCUGCUUGGCGCCCUUCACCACCUACAGCCUUAUUGCCACAUUCAACAGCCACUUCGAUCAGAAGCACAACUUCUUUGAGAUAAGCGCUUGGCUCCUUUGGCUCUGCUACCUCAAGUCUGCCCUAAACCCAGUGAUUUACUACUGGAGGAUCAAGAAAUUUCAUGAUGCAUGCUUAGACUUGAUGCCGAAGUACUUCAAGUUUUUGCCACAGCUACCUGGUCACACCAGAAGACGUAUCCGGCCUAGCGCAGUAUAUGUGUGUGGGGAGCACCGGUCAGUUGUGUGAAACUUGCAGCAAAGGGACACUUGUUCUUUUUCUGAUGUACGUAAAUUUUGGUGGAUUGAAAUACAAUGGCUUCUUUAGCUGCCAUGUUUGUAACUUUAGUACGUAUUCCAGCUACCAUGUGCAAUUUCAAGAGAGAGAUCAUAUUCAGACUUUGCUACUGGAGUAUAUGACUAAACAAAGAUAUUGGCUACAAACCCAAAAAGCUCCAUGUGCACAAAGGAAGAAUAAUGCAGAGAGAGAUUUCUGUUUGCCACAGCAGCUUCCACUGCUGCAGUUUAGGUUCCUCCUUCAGCAGAUACAACUUCAAAGAAAACUCCUGCUAUGUGCAGUUUCCCCCCUUGCACACGUGUAGCUUUCUGUGGAUUGUGGCCACUACCUACAGCUUUCUGCAGUGGAGAGGAAGACUUAUUUGAAUUAUUUCUCAAGUUUGAUGCUCAAUGACUGCAGGUCCACUUAAUUGUAGAUGUUUUUAAUGCUGCUAUUUUAUGGUACAUUGGGCUGAAUACUUACUUUUUUAAAAAAAAAAGAUGUUGCUGUUUUAUGCCAACAUAGGCCGCAUAUCCACUAUGUAUUUAGAGCAGUAUCAUACCACCUUAAACAGUCAUGGCUUCCUCCAAAUAAUCCUGGGAACUGUAGUUUGUUAGGGGUGCUGAGA